AUGUCUCAAAACAUAUUACAUGAAGAAGACUAUAUACUACAACGAACUAAAAAACUACCAAUCAAUACCUUACCUUCUUCCGAUAAUUUAAUCUUAACUCCAACUGCAUCGAUUCCAAUCAGGUUAAAUUCUCCACAUAUACCAAUAUCAGAAUUAUCAUUAGAAAAUAGGCACCAUAAUGAAAGAAGUACCACAUCGACGCCACAACUAAAAUCUGAAACAAUAUCGACUGGGAAUACAAAUUUUCAAAUUGAAUCACCACCACCAUUAACCAACUCAUCAUCAACUACAUCAAACAACAAUUUCAUGCCAGUUCCAUUUACCAAUGACUUACCUCAAUUAUUGCAUAAAUGGACUCAUACCCAUUCAAUACUAUGUUGUAUCUCAUAUCAAAAUUUAAUUUAUUGUGGGACUCAAGAUGGGAAAGUUUUGAUUUUUGAUAUUACUACGUAUUCCUUAAGAAAUGAAAUUAUAAUAUCAGAUAAUCAACAAUCUCAAAGUGUUUCUGUUUUAACUUUAUGUUUAAAUUAUGAUGGAUUAUUAUUUGUUGGUGGUUCUGAUUCAUUAGUUAGAGUAUAUGAUCAAAAUCAAUUCACUUGUAAAUAUAUAGUAUAUUCAUUAGUUGACAUUGGUGAUAUAUAUUCAUUAGCAUGGAAUGAAGAAAAUGAAACAUUAUACAUUGGAGCUCAAAAUGCAUCUAUUUUAUGGUGUAAAUUAGAUAAUCAAAUCAAUACAGUUCCAAAUAUUGAAAAUUUACCACAUUUUAGAUACGAUAAAUUCUUUGAUUCAAAAGGACCAGGAGGUAUAAAGAAUACAUUACAGACUAGACAUGAAUUAUUACGAAAGAAUUCAUCAAAUUGUGAAAAAACACCAAUUUUAUACCAAUUAAUUGAAUGUAACUAUGAUGAUAUUAUUAGAUUUGCACAUAAUGGAUAUGUUUAUUGUUUGGAGUUUAUAAAUUCUUCAAUUGGUGAUUAUAAUGAAUCUAGUUAUUUGAUAUCUGGUGGUGGUGAUGGUAUAGUUAACAUUUGGUCAAAUAAAUUAAAGAAAAUAGCCAGUUUACAAAAUGAUGAAUCAAUAUUAUCUAUGUGCAUUUAUGAUUCUUUAUUAUAUGUUGGAUUAGGAGAUUCUAAUAUUAAUGUAUGGGAUUUAAUGACACUACAAAUGAUUAGAACUUUUCAAUGUGAAGAUCAGGAAGUUUUAAGUUUGGAUAUUUAUAAUGAUUCCUUGUAUAAAGCAUGUACUGGUUUAUAUAAAAUGUCAAUGAAAUCUACUGAUUGUAUCAAGAUGGAAACCGAAAUAAUCAACACUACAAAAAUUUUCACUCAUGAAUCAAAGACUUUCUUAGUUGCUGGUGGUAAUAAAUCAUUAUCAUUAUGGGAUAUAACAGACGAUAAAGAAACUGAGGAAUCUUCAAUAUCAACCAACUCCUUUAAAUUUUCAAAUGAUGAUUUAUUAAUAAUGCUCAAGAAAUAUAUUUCAUUUAAAACUAUCUCCAAAUAUCCAGAAUUAUAUCUUGAAGAUAAUCGACAUUGUGCUCAGUUUCUAAUUAGAUUGUUUAAUAAUUUUGGUGCUUAUCAAACUAAAUUAUUACCUGUUAAAAAUGGAAAUCCAAUAGUAUUUGCAGAAUUCAAAAAGAAUAAUAAGAAUUCAGAUUCACAUUCUAGAGUAUUGUGGUAUGCUCAUUAUGAUGUUGUUGAUGCUACUAGACAUGAAGCAAAAGAGUGGAAAACUGAUCCUUUUAAAUUGGUUGCAAAAGAAGGUAAUUUAUAUGCAAGAGGUGUCUCAGAUAAUAAAGGUCCAACGUUAGCUUCAAUUUUUACAGUUGGUGAAUUAUACAAUAAACAAGAAUUAAAUUGUGAUGUUGUUUUUAUAAUUGAAGGUGAAGAAGAAUGUGGAUCAAUUGGUUUUCAACAAGUUAUAAAUGAAUCUAAGAACUUAAUUGGAGAAAUAGAUUAUAUUAUGUUAUCAAAUUCAUAUUGGUUAGAUGAUGUUACACCUUGUUUGAAUUAUGGAUUAAGAGGAGUUAUAAAUGCUUCAAUUACAAUUAAAUCAGAUAAACCAGACAGACAUUCUGGUGUUGAUGGUGGUGUAAGUAGAGAACCAACAAUGGAUAUGGUUCAUUUAUUAAGUUCAUUAAUGGACCCUAAAACAAAAGAUAUUAAAAUCAAAGACUUCUACAAAGACGUCUUGAAAAUAACUAAACAAGAGGAAGAAUUAUAUGAUAAAAUUAAAAAUCAAUUACCAAAUAUUGAUAUUAAUUCAUUACAAUUAAAAUGGAGAAAUCCUUCAUUAACUAUUCAUAAAAUUCAAGUAUCUGGUCCAAAUAACAAUACAGUCAUUCCACAAUUAGUUCAAUCUACCAUAUCAAUACGUAUUGUUCCAAAUCAAGAUUUAAAUACAAUUAAAGAAAAUUUGAUAAAUAAAUUAAGAAAAGAAUUUGAUGAAUUAAAUUCUGAGAAUCAUUUAUCUAUUAAUAUAUUCUAUGAAGCUGAUGCUUGGAUUGGUGAUCCAAAUAAUAAAGUAUAUCAAUUAUUAUAUAAGAAUUUGAAAAAACAUUGGGCAAUGGAACCUUUAUUUAUUAGAGAAGGUGGUUCUAUUCCAUCAGUUAGAUUUUUAGAGAAAUGUUUCAAUGCUCCUGCUGCUCAAAUUCCAUGUGGUCAAUCAAGUGAUAAUGCUCAUUUAAAAGAUGAAAAAUUGAGAAUUAUAAAUUUAUUUAAAUUGAGAUCAAUACUAACUUGUACAUUAAAAGAUUUAUAG